AUGUCUCCGGAUCCUCCAGCAGCAGGCAGUGGCCAGUUUGUCGCUGACGAACCCGUCGCGUCGACCUCCACGUCGUCGUCAUCCCCACCCUCGGCGGUCGCACCACCCCUCGCACCUCAAUCAAGCGGCGACUCGAACUCCAUCCCGCUCUCUGAACGUCAGCUCUCCGACCUGACCGACCUCGAGAUCGCCUCCCUGACGCAACAGAUCAAGGCCGAGUCGGCGAACGUGCGACCUCUGAUCGGAGCGCUCGAGCCUCUCGAACGGUUCAAGCACGAGUACGACUCGGAGAGGGUCCGGGGCAAGAUCGAGUGGUUGGGAAAGAGUGGAUGGACGGGGUUGAGGAGAUCGAGAGGAGAUGGGGACUGUUUCUAUCGAUGUACGUGUUGAGGGUGGUGGAGGGCGUGUCUCGGGGCCGAGGUAGGUGCAAGCUGACACGUUUGACAUCUCCUGGUGUCUCGUACAGCAUUCGCAUUCAGCUUUCUCGAACGCCUCGUACCUCUACCUCCAUCCUCUGCUCAACUGUCGCUGGCCAAGAUCGAGUCACUACUGCCUCUGCUCGAUCAAGCGUGGGUCCGGCCGAGCGCUUCAGCGCGCACGACCAGCCGAUCCGAGCUGACUCUGAUGCAGAACCUCGUCGUUUCCUACAGUGGAUUCGCAAAGGACAUUUACCAAGAUUUUUACGAACCUAUGAGAGGCUUGCUGGUCGCGUUGGGAUCCAACGAUCGGUCAAAGAGGUGGGUUCGGCUUCGGAUUCCUCAGGCGAGCCCGAUAAGACUGGCUUGGACCUGAAUUCGAGGACGGCGACCCACAGGCCUGCGUCAGCAACACUCGAAGCGUCCUUCAACGACCCCGAAGUAUCCAACUCGAUCGUCGUCUUCCUCCGCCUGUUGACAUCGGCCUACCUCCGCGCCAACGCCGACGACUUUGUCCCUUUCCUUUUCGCUCUCGACGAUGACCCGCGCUUCUUCGAAGGGGGUGUACCCACAAUGGAGCAAUUCUGUGGGUUCCAUGUCGAAGCCGUCAACAAGGAGGCGGAUCAUGUACAAAUUACGGCGUUGAGUAGGGCGUUGAGGAUAGGGCUCAGGAUCGCAUACCUGGAUCAGAGUACGGGCAAAGAGGGGGAGGUCGGGGAGGUGGAUUUCGUCGAGUUCGAGGUGGAGGGAGAGGAGAAGACAGGGGUUGAGAGAUUGGAUGGCGCGUUGCUCUAUACGGUCAAUCAUUAUGAUGUGAUGUACAGGUAG